AUGGAUACUAUUUUUAUUGCAGAUAUUAACAUCAUUGGUGGCAUCGGCAUCGUGUAUAGGAUGGAUCAUUUUUCACGAACAAGUUUAUCGACAAAUUCACUUCAGGAAGCCAUUGAACUAGUGACAGAUCCGAAUAAUCCGAACGAGAACUGGACACUGAUAAUGGAGAUCUGUGACAGCAUAGCUACAAAUAAGAAUAGUGCCGAAAUGGCAAUAAUAGAAAUUCGAAAAAAUCUACGCAAAAAUCCAGUUACUUUCGGAUGGCGAUCUAUUGUAUUAACACUUAUUUUGCUUGAAGCAUUGGUAAACAAUUGUGGAGAAAUGUUUCAUAUACAUCUAGGUAAUGAAACAUUUCUCAAAUCACUCAAAAGUGUUAUCGCUUCGAAGAAUAAUCCACCUAAACCUAUUGAAAAACAAGUGCUUAACAUGAUUCAACAUUGGGCAGUUAUCUUUUGUGAUAAUUCUGAUCUUGAAAUCAUCCAAGAACUCUAUGAAGAAUGCAAACAGCAAGGUUAUGAAUUUCCGCCGGUUGAUAAAAAUCAUACUAAUAAGGCAGGAUCAAACAACCAGGUUAAAUCCACUCGUCCUACUUCAGCCAUACCAAAAACGUCCCCAUCAGCAACCAAAACCAUGACUAGACCUAAAACAUCAUCUGUCUCGAAUCGAAACAAUGAAUCACUCUAUUCAAAUCUGCGUUUAAAUAGUAGUGGUACAUCAGUACUUAUUCAACAUUUAUCCGAUAUACAGAUUGCUAAACUUCGAAGCGAACUCGACAUUGUACAUACAAACGUUCAUGUGCUUGAUGAAAUGCUUUCUACAUUAGAACCAGGCAAUGAACAUUCGUUCGAUUGGCAAUUACUAUUAGAUCUAUACGAAGUCUGUAAAAUGAUGCAAGCACGCAUUGUUAGCCUUCUCUCAUUGACAGCUGUUGAAGAUAUUGCUGUUGAUCUACUCCAAUGUAACGAUCAAUUGAAUAAAGCAUUUAAAAAUUAUAGUCGCUAUAUGGAAAUAAGAGAAAGAUUGCCAUAUCAAACUGACUCUCGCUCACAAGCUAAACCAAGAAACAAAACAAAGUUAUCACAGACUAUUACACCACCAUUAUCACCUCCUAUAGUGAUCAUUACACCAACUGCACCGUUUUACAUUGAAUGUGACAAUCAGGAUCAACCGUUAUUACAAUCCAAAAGAGAAAGAACGAAUUCAGACGACAAUUACCAAUCGCCUCUUAGAGAAGAUUCGAUAAUCUCUUCGAAGAUGAAUCGUCAUCUCUCGGCAAAGUCCAACUUUUCUCCAUCUGAGCAAAGUCCAGAUAAACGAUCAUUAUCAAUGAAACUACCACCAAUGAGUUUGCAUUUUACUUACACUAAUAUAAUUGCUUAUCUGACAUAUUUGUACUACUUCCUAGAGCUCACGCCAUUACCUGAUCCUGAGCCCAGAUCGAUGACAAAAGCAAAAAUAAUCGGACGUGAACGAUCUGCAGGCAUUUCAGUUAGAAAUAUUCGAAACUAUGAUGAAUACCAAGCAAGUACUGUCUGUGAGAAAACAAAUGCGUCGAAUGGUUGUGAUAAUGAUGCUGAAAAUGAAGAAGAAGAAGAAGAACAACAACAACAACAACAACAGGAGUUGCGAAUACAAAACGUUAAUAAAUCAGACAAUCACAAAAGUGGUAAGUCUCGCUCGAGACCCGACUUACCAACAAGAAUUAAAAAACUUACAACUGACGAAGAUGUUUCCACAAAUAAUCCAUGCAAGAUUACUACAUAUCGUCAUAUCGGAUCAGAUUGA